GAUAAAACUUUAUUAUUAUUUUUUUUUUUUACAUAUUUAGGUUGUAUUUGCACGACCACUUUUGGAGUCGACAAAGCGGCUUUUAUUGGUAACGGAAACGGAAGCGACCUUUCUUUUGUAUAUUUGCGUUUGGGAACGUUAUUGGUCUUUAAAAGUUUCAGCUUGAGCAGGAUCAUGCUUGAAGGAGAGGUUAAGAGUCAAGAAGCUAACUCUGAAGAGACAGAAACCAAUGAACAUGCUGUAACAAAAAUGGGUGAUUUACUUUCAAAAGGUCUGUCAUUAAGCUCCCAGAACAGAGAAGUGAAUGAACCUUCACCUGCCGCCACUGACGUCCUACCUAUGGAGAGAGAUAAAGGCUCCUGUGAAACAGAUGGAAAUACAUUUCCAGAGCAGUUAAAACCUUCUGAUUUGACAUCUCCUGAGGAGCGUGACAUGGAUACUCAGAAAUGUUUGGAUGACUCUGAUGUUCCAACAGAAACAAAAAGAUGUUCUGAUUGUCCAUCCAGCGCCACAGAUAAUGAACCAACAUUAAUGAGUCAAUCGGGGAAAGUGUCGAACAAUAAUGAAGGCCAAUCUUCAAUACUCCAUACAUCUGUGGAAGAUCGGAAUACCACACUAGGAAAAGCUGAUGACAUUGAUUGUAAUAAAUCUUUCCCUGAAACAUCUAAUUUAGGUGAUAGCCAAUGCAAAGAAGAUUCUGACAAAAAAAUCAAUGUUGAUAUUACAUAUAAAAAAGUUUGCGACAUUGAAAACCAAGGAGCAUCACAAGUUAUACCUUUUACAGGAUUGAACCGAUUAGAUGCAAUUUCGGAUAAUGCCCCUGUAGAUCAAUCAAUAGAGGUAACACCUUCCGAAAAUGUAUCCCCUUAUUCACAAGGGACUAAUUCGGAGCAGGACAACCAGAAAUCUUUGAGUGAAGGAAGUGCAGAGGAUAGCUCUAUGGAAAUGAUAGAAGAUAAAUCUAAAUGUUCUUACUCUUCACGAGGACGGCCACGUAAAAAGAAACAGAUUAUCAAGUGUGAAUAUUGUAGUCGCCAGUUUAAUCAUUCCUCAGCAUAUAUCAUUCAUCGCCGUGUCCACACAGGAGAAAAACCUUUCAUUUGCCCGGACUGUGGCAAAGCCUUUGCUCAAGUCUCCAACCUUCGGUCUCACUCCAGAGUCCAUAAAUCCAAAUGUCGGAAUCGGAAAUAUGCACACAGACCCCAAACCAGAGCUGCAGACUUGAACAUGACCCCAGUGGGAAUGACUGACAAGCAAGAAAAUGAUAGUGGUAAUCGAGUAGUUUCCUUCAAAAGGAGAAAAGGACGAGGGAGAGGACGAGGGAGAGGAAGAGGGAAACCCCAUGCUUGUCCAAUAUGCAGCAAGGUCUUUUGCUUCAAAUCGGUCCUUAAAAUCCACCUUCGAAUACACAGUGGGGAAAAACCUUACUCGUGCAAGGUGUGUGGCAAAUCCUUUACUCAGGCGUGUACUGCUCGCGUUCACGAGAAAGUGCAUUGGCACAUCAAGCCUUACCUUUGUUCAAAAUGCGGUAGGGGAUUUUCUCAGAUCGGACCAUUAAAAGCACACACCUGUGAAGGUAGAAGUCAACAACAUGCGACCCUUAAAGAUUUGGAAUUGGCUGGUCUUGUGUCCUUCAGAUGUCACCUUUGCAAAAAAAGCUUCGGGAACAAAGAUGAGUAUGAAUUACAUUUGCAAGGACAUACCGAUACCCAACGUUACAGCUGUAACCGUUGCAAUCAAAAGUUCAGUCUACUUUCUGAGCUGAAAACACACUACAACCAUUGUGUAUACAUGCGGGUCACAAAAACAAAGGCUUCCAGCUCCAAUUCGGCUAAACGGUUACAACCCCAGUCCUCCCCCACAAUAAAAACAGCACUAAAAUUGCCAAGGGCAAGUCCAACGUUUCCUUCUGUAAAAUCUCCUACCCAAAAAGAUAUUUCUUUGCCCCAAAAACGGAAAAAAUGCCCCUCUCUACUUGCUUGCCCUCCUAAGGUCAUGGUUACUUCUGAUUAUGAUCAUCAAAACAACCUCUAUCCAAACAAAUCUAGCUAUUUUGUAUCUCGGUUCAAUGCCAUAGACCAAAAAGCAGACCCAAGAAAGUACCUCUGUCCACACUGCGGGCGAAUGUUUCGGCAUGUAGGCCGGCUAAGAGCCCACAUGCUUACUCAUUCACGCUGUCAAGUAUUCACUUGUGGUAAGUGUAACAGGACUUUUAAAAACUGGAGUAAAUUUUGGAUUCAUCAGCGGUUCCAUAGACAGAGGAGGGGACGCUUUUUUUGUCCCAAGUGUGAUCAGGGGUUUCGAUUCGUGGGCUUGUACAAUGAGCAUUUGCAAAAACACCCAGAGCUCAAUGCGCACAUCUGUCAGUUCUGUCCUCACACCUUCUCAACUGCGCAACAUCUGAAGAAUCACCAGCAGGAAUGGCAUGGGUCAAGUAUGCCUUACAUUUGUGACAUUUGCGGAAAAGGCUUUGCAAGUGCUGUCAUUCUUCGGCGACACAGAGUUGUUCACUGUAGUAACAGUCAGAUGGAGACACCUGAUCUGCAGCCCAAUGUACAACCCUAUGAAUGUGCUACAUGCAGUGCUAGUUUUGAAAACCUGGACUCUCUUUUUCACCAUCAGUUCAGCCACACCUCUGAAGAUAGAAGGGCAAUAGCAAGGAAGCGGCAACUUGUAAGAGAUGGUCGUUCUCACAUUCAGUUGAAUCAAUCGCGUCCACACCAACGUCACAGCCGUGACUAUUCCUCAAGGCAAUCUGAUGUUCAGAAAUCAGAUAAUUUUCUUUCAUUCUCUCACUCAAAUGGAGAAAGACCUCAUUCCUCAUCACAAAUGGGUUCCCUGUAUUUACCUCCAGCACAACGGCUGCAGAAAAAAAUUCAGAGUCCCACUAUGACUUUACCUCAUCUGUCAUCAGAUACCCAUUCUAUUCCUGAUUCUCUGAGUGAUGAUGUACAGAUGAAUGAAAUGCCAGUACGUGUCAAUGACAAAUCUUUAACAGUUCAAAAAAGAAACGGUUCAAACCGAUCACAAUCCGUAAUGACGGCAGAGACGACAGCUGGUGACUUAGUUUGUGCUGAAUGCAAUGCCCGUUUUUCUGACCUUCCUGCAUUGCAUGGACAUUAUUUGGAACAUGCCAGAGGAGAAAUAUGAAUAUUCCCUGAAGAAAUAUUUUAUACUGUUCAUUUUUUGUUUAGUGAAUGUGUGAGUAUAGAUUUUGUGUAGGACUGACAUUUUUCUGAACUUUUAAACAAUGUGUUUAUCAUGUGAUAUAAACCUUGCUGAUGUUCUUUUUAAAUAGAAAGACUCCCAUCUGUGUAAAAUUGCUCUUUGGAUUUGUAGUAUUUUAUUGUGAUUGAAUUACUGUCAGUUGAUCUAAAGCUAUU